GCCUCGCGCUGCGCUCCCGAGCGCUCCCAAAAAGUUACCAAACACAAUUUCUCGCCGUCUCUCUCGCGCUCUCCUGCAACAAAUAACUGCACGAUGCGGCGAUGGAUUGAAAUAUGACAAUAAAGUUUUUUAAAAUAUUUGAAAAAGAGUAUAUUUACGCUGAUUUUGGAGACUGAUUUGUACACUUUACGACAAUAAGGAUAUGCGAGAGAGUUGGCGGAGGAUCAGAUGCCGUUUGGUGUGAUGAUGGCGGAACCCACGCGGCGCUCUCGGGCCGUCUCCAUGGAAACUGGAGGGUUGCCACUCGUCUCAACUUUUGCCCUACUUACUAUAGUAGCAGGGCAACUUCAGGGGUCAGGGUACAGCGAACAGGAGCCAGAAUUCCUGUCACCAUUGGAGAACUUGACAGUGGCCCAAGGCAGGGAUAUACAUUUCACAUGCACUGUCAACAAUCUAGGAACAUACAAGGUAGCCUGGAUAAAAUCGGACACAAAGACAAUACUGGCGAUUCACACGCACAUGGUGACUCUCAACCAGCGGCUGUCGGUGUCGCACAACGGCCACAACACCUGGAAGCUGUACAUUAACAGCGUGGAGCCCAAGGACUCCGGCACCUACAUGUGCCAGAUCAAUACCGACCCUAUGAUGAGUCAGAUGGGUCACCUCUCAGUGGUGAUUCCGCCGGACAUCGCCGAUGAAGAUGGGUCGCAGGCCAGCGCGCCUGAAGGUGGCUCUGUGGAGCUGAGGUGCACCGCUACUGGAGUACCAACUCCUACUAUAGCGUGGAGGAGGACGGAGGGCAGGAACAUUGUGUUCCGAGAGGAGAAGGAGAAAAUAGUGGACAACUACGUGGGCUCCAUACUGUCCCUGUCGAACCUGCAGCGGGCGGACAUGGGGACGUAUUUGUGCAUCGCGGCAAAUGGCGUCCCCCCUACCAAGAGUCGGCGCUACGAGGUCUCUGUACUAUUCGAGCCGUCAGUGCGGGUGGACAGUCCAGUGGUGCUGCGAUCCGUGGACAUGCAAGUCACGCUGCAGUGCUACGUGGAGGCCUCGCCCAAGUCGCUGAACACUUGGCAGCGAGGGAAGUCUCAAGCGAGUGGGAAGCUGCUGAACAGCUCCAAGUACAUAAUAUCGGAGCAGAGCUACAACGAGUACGCGCUGCGCAUGAACCUCACCAUCAACCGGCUGAAGAAGAGUGACUUUGGAGAGUACUCCUGCUCAGCCGUCAAUGGAUACGGCCGGGCUGAAGGCGUCGUUAUAUUGAAAGAAACGCCGCAAAGGACGACGACGACCACCACGACCACGACCACCACCACGACGACCACCCCGCGACCGACCACCACCGUCGCUGCGACCACGCGCCCGCCAAAACGCCAUCUCAAGAAGCAGUUCGAGAGGACUUACAACGCGCUCGACGCCGACCUUAGACAAGCUGAGCUCAAUAACGCUCUCAACCUUUACAACGUACAAUACGGCUCCACCAACAACUCGCAUAAUGAGUACGCGCAGCGGACCGAAAAACAAAAAGUACGCCCAUCGGGCCCGCCCCGCCAAUUUGUUCCAUACAACCGAGCCUCGACCACAGUUGACACGGUCGCGCUCACAAUCCUCGCUCUGCUCGCGGCGGCAUAAACACAUACAGAAUAGCAUAGGUAGUGAUGAAAUCAUGGCUGUUGAAUUUUGUAAGUACGUAUAUUGCGGUUGUUAAGUACCUAAGCUCUGUUGACGUUGGGCAGAUUAUUUAUAGCCUUAUAAUGACAAUAAAGAUCAAAAUUGAUAAUAAUAAGAAUUUGAAUUCCUGAAUCAUGUUAGAUUUAUUAAUUGGUAAUAUCAACAAUGU